AUGGCCAUGAUUCCAGUUUCUUAUUGGGAGAAAUUCGAUCUCCUCUUCCUUAAACAAAAAUAUCCUUCAUUUCUUCACAAACAUCCUAGAAAAACAACUAAUGGACAAACAAUGAAUAGUUUGAAAGCCAUUGAAGUAUAUAUGAUAACUCAUUAUUAUUUGGAAUUAUUUACUUGUAUAGAAAAUUAUCAAGCAAUUGAAAGAGAAGUUAAUCUUAUUCGCAGAUUUGUUAAUAUCAUAGAUUCAUUGACAGAUUCAUUCAUUUCUUCUGAAUUGGAGCAAAAGCAUUUCCUCAACCAUUAA